GAUUCACAUUAAUAAUAAUAUUUAAAUAUUGAAGAUUUGCGGUGGGUUUAAAGGUUGUGAAGAUGGCGACAGCCGAGGUUUGAGGUGGUUACAUUUUUCUGAAUUGACCUGCGGGAUGACCGAAGAAGAGCUACUUUGCUUUGUAAACUGUCUGGGUGUGCUAGUCUUUUUGCUUGCUGUUCUUUACCAUUGGAUUGAUACUGUGCACACUGGAUCUCCAGCCUUCUCACAAAGUUUUUAUGAUGCAAGACCAAAGAGAAGCUUUCACAACCAGCACCGGAGACGAGCGUAUACACGAAGCAUCUCAGUGAAUGAUUUGGACCUACCAAGAGACAUCCUAUGAUGAAACCUCCAAGUUGCACUAAAAUCCUGAUGGAUCCAGAACAUGUCAGUAAAAGAAACAAGAACAAAUCAGCUGGCAUGGGCCUAUGUUUAGUCACCAUGCCCUUAUUGAAGCCUGUGAUCGAAGUGGUGAAUCUGGGCAGGAUUUCGUAUGCAGAUGGGCUGCAGGCACAGCGGACCUUCAUUCAACGUCACCUCAAUGCCCUGUCCCAGCAGCCCACUGCUGAAUCCCCCGUCAAUGCUGUGCUGCUGUGUGAGCACGAUCCUGUCUAUACCAUUGGGAUUAGGACGGCACGGUACCCAAUCAAGGAGGAGGAGAGACUGAAGCAGCUGGGGGCAGAGUUCCAUCGGUCUGACCGAGGUGGCCUGAUCACCUUUCAUGGCCCUGGGCAGCUGGUGUGUUAUCCCAUCCUCAACCUGGCUCACUUCAGGAAGAGCGUCCGGUGGUACGUGGGUGAGUUGGAGACUACGGUUAUCCGCCUAUGCCACAGAUUUGGGAUCAAGGCAGAGACCUCUCCUGACACUGGAGUAUGGGUUCAAAAUGACAAAAUCUGUGCUAUAGGGAUUCACUGCGGCAGGUACAUCACCUCUCAUGGGCUAGCACUGAACUGCAACAAUGACCUCCGCUGGUUCUCCCACAUCACCCCCUGCGGCAUUGAGGGAAAAGGUGUCACCUCCCUGAGUCAAGCACUGAAGAGGGAGGUGACUGUGCCAGACGCUGUGGACCUUCUCCUGGAGACAUUUGCCAAGCAGUUUGACUGCGUGCUGAGGCAUUAGCGACUUGACUAUUUCCUGUCAGGUGUCCACACAGAGAGAGCAACUCAACCAAUGUGGCAGGCUUGGUGGGCAGAGACUGGUGAGAUUGAUUGAUUGGGUCGAGUAAGUAAGAAGUGGGACUUGAUCAUGAUACUUUUUGCGUUAUCUCCAGGGAAUGUGAUUAUUGGAGAAAAGCAGCCAAAAGGGGAAUAUUGCUGCCUGGUUGAAGUACUGAACUGUAUAGAGGAAGAGAUGUCCAGGUCCAAGCAGGAAAAAAGUUAAAACUGGUGAGUGGUGGGGAAACAUCGACUGGAGGCUCUGCAGAUUUGUAAAAUUCAUUCACAUGAUGCAGAUGUCACUGGCUAGGCCUGCACAUUUUUUCCUGUCCAUAAUUGCACUGAAGGAUUUGAUGGUGAGCUGCUUUCUUGAGAUGCUGCAGUCCAUGUUGCGUUGUACACCCAAGAUGCUAUUGGGGAAGGAGUUUCAGGAUUUUGAUUUGGUGAUGGUGAAGGAACAGAAAUAUAUUUCAAAGUAGAAAAGUGUGUAUGAUUGGAGGUAAAUUGCAGGUAGUGAUGUUCCCAUAUACUUCCCUUCUCCUUCUUGGUGGUAGAGGUCACAGGUUUGGCAGAUGUUGUUGGAGAAGCCUUACGUGUUGCUGCAGUGCAUUCUGUAGAUACUAUAUGCUGCUGCCACUGAGCGACAGUGAUGGGUGGAGUGAAUGUUUGAGGACAUGGUGCUAAUGCAUGGGCUAUUUUGUCUUGGAUGGUGUCAAGCUUCUUGCGUAUUGUUGGACCUAUACUCAUCCAGGCAAAUGGGGAGUAUUCCAUCACGCUCCUGACUUACCUGCUGUUGAAUUCCCAGCAUUGCCUAGCUGUAUGCUACAGGACUAUGAUGCACGGCUGUACAUUGCAGUUGAAUGGCAAAAUGUGUUUCACUGAUGAAGAAGGUCAACUUGUAUAAGUUGGAACUGUAUUUUGUAUCAUCCUCAGGAUGGGAGGUCAGGGAUUAUACCCACCCAGAAAAAUAUUAAAGCUCGUAUACGAAUAAA